CUCUUCUGCGCUGCUGCUCUGCGCCGCUGCUCCUCUGCACCACCGCCAUGUCCGGCCACACCCUGCCGCGCCGCUCCAUCGCCCCGCCCUCGGGGCCGCUGCCGUCGCUGCCCGUCUCGAAACACCGCGCGCCAAACACCCCCGCCGCCCUGCGCACGCCGUCCAGCGGCCUUCCCAGCGCUGCGAACCGCGCCGUCUCCUACUCGACGCCGCACCGCCCGGCCGCUGCCAAGCACAUCACCUCGCCCUCUGUGCCCACCUUUGCCGCCGCUGAGCACCCGGGUGGGCCGCCCAUGGGCAAGUCGCUGCGCAAGGUCGUCAGCAUCGGCGCGUUCCCCCAGCCGCCCAAGCAUGGCCUGCGCACCCCGAGCAGCCCGCUGGCCUCGAGCGCCUCGGUCAACGGCGAUACGGUCGACCACCGCCUGUCGGCCGGCUCCAAGGCCUCGAUCCCGUCCCGGAAGAGCAGUCUCAAGAAAGGCCCCAGAGCCUCGAAUAUCGGCGGCGGCAGGGGGCUGCUCCCCAAGUCGCCCAUGAUGCCGCCCAGCUUCCUCAACGGCAACGGCAGCGCCGAGUCGGUCGCCGUCGACACCAGCCGCCUCAGCCUGCCCUCGCCCCCGCAGAGCCGCAAUUCGUCGCCGCACGGCUCCCGCUCGACGAGCGCAACCACAAUCGAAGAGGAUGACGACGCACGAGGGCGGAAAAACAGCAAGCCCGACGGCGAGUCGAGCAGCAAAGGAAACGUCAUCGUCAGCGUGCGAGUGCGCCCAGACGUCGGGCCAAAAGACGGCCAGCAAGAUAAAGAUUGGGAGGUCAACGCCAAGCGUCACGUUAUCACAUACCACGGCCGCGAUGGGGGUGGAGACUACGUCUACGACAAUGUUUACGACACCCAAGACAACAAUGCUCGCGUGUACGACGCCACGGCAAAACGACUGGUCCGGAGAGUUAUGGAAGGGUACCACGGAACCGUAUUCGCGUAUGGUAUGACCGGAACAGGAAAGACAUUUUCCAUGCAAGGAACCGCGACAAAUCCUGGUGUAAUACCACUGGCCAUCACGGACAUUUUUUCUUACAUUCGCGAGACCCCACAUCGGGAGUUCCUCUUGCGCGUCAGCUAUCUCGAAAUCUACAACGAGAAGAUCAACGAUCUGCUGGCGGGGCCGGUGGCUGGCAUGGGCGGUCAGCCAGGUCCACAGGAGGAGAUUAAGCUACGCGAGGACAGCAAGCGGGGUGUCUAUGCCACCCCCCUGAAAGAGGAAAUUGUCCAAAGCCCAACCCAGCUCCUACGAGUCAUCUCCCGCGGUGACCAGGCGCGAAGGGUUGCUGGCACACAGUUCAAUUCCCGGAGUUCGCGCAGUCACGCCGUCGUACAAAUCGUUGUCGAAAGCAGAGAGCGCGCACCCGGCCCUAAUCUGGCUGGCGACAAGCGAUCAGCCAUUAUCCCAGGUGGUGUCCGUGUGUCAACACUCAGUCUUAUCGAUCUGGCGGGUUCUGAAAAGGCGGCCGACGAUAAGGAAAGACGGACUGAGGGCUCUCACAUCAACAAGAGUUUGCUUACUCUGGGUGCUGUUGUUGGUGGACUGGCAGGCAGCAAGCCGGGCAAGGACGGGAAAAAGGACAACCAUUUGCCGUACCGUGACAGCAAACUCACUCGUCUUUUGCAGGGAGCGCUGUCAGGUAAUUCCCUGGUCAGCAUUCUCUGCACGAUCCAGAUUGGCGCAAGCGGUAGCGUUGCAACAUCGUCCAGCCACGCCAAUGAGACGCUGAACACCUUGAAGUUCGCAUCUCGGGCCAAGAACAACAUUAUUAGUCAUGCAAAGAAAGCGGACGAUUCGUUGGGGGCCGGUGGUGACGCAGGAAGCCGAGCACUGCUGGACCGCUACCGCCUCGAGAUUCAGGAGCUCAAGAAGCAAUUAGAAGAAGGCAAGAAAUCAGAAGCUAAGACCGAAGAGGAGGAUGAGUUCCGGCGAGACAGAGAGGAGGAGAGAGUACGUGAGCAGCAAGACAGGCAGCGCCACGAAGAACAAAUGCUGGAGAUGCAGCUUGCUCGCACAGCUCUCAAAGAGCGGAUCGAGCAUCUCAACCGGUUGAUCCUGAGCUCUAAGUCACUUGGGGUCAACAACGGCAGAGCGUUCUCGUCCAUGAGCUAUCAACGCGCUUCUACGUUCAGUCACGCCAGCGACUUCCGGCCCAUGUCCGUACGAUCAUCCGCCAGCCACGCCACGCUCGAAGUACCACGCGCCUCACUGCAGUCCUUUCCCCUGCCUGUAGAUUGCUCGGAAGAGGACGACUCGGUCGGCGAGAACGGCGAUGGCUUUGCCAGCCCGGGCGUUCAGAUCCAGGCACUGCAGGCCGAUCUCGCCGACCGAAAUCGCUACAUCGCCACAUUAGAGAAGCGACUUCUGCAAGCUCGAAGAUCGAGCCAUUCCCGCGUAUCCUUGUCGAUCAACUCGCGCCACGGCAGCAGCGAAGACGGCGGCCUCCUCGCGACUGUCGCCGAACGCGACUCGGAGAUCUCGACCCUGCGCGCCCAACUCGAAGACAAGGAACGCAUGAUCACCGCGCUCACCUCGGCACGUAAACGAAACGACACGGCCCACGACGUCGGCAGCGAUGGCUCCCCUGGCAGCCGCCGCACCUCGUCCUACCAGCGCAGUGAGGGCAGCAGCAUAAACGUCCUGCACGCCAAGGGCCCGACAUCCCCGACGAGCCCGAAUAGCACGCCUUUCUUCCCCCCGACGCCCUCGAACACGGGCAAGAAUAUCGAGGAGAUGACGCGCAUGCUCGACGAGAUGAUCACAGGGAGAGUCGAUAGGGCGGCCCGCCGUAGUAGUGCUAUGCCUGUUGAGCUGCGCCGGUCUUAAGCAUGCAAGGGCUGCGUAAGACACUACUACAACCCCAGUUGCGAUCUACGCUGUGCUGUAUGGCUCCCUUCUUUGUAAUGCGCACCCGCACAAAUACGAUCUUAAUGGCCUCCACGUAAUGACGAUGAGACACCGCCCCGCCCCGCCGUCGCGCACGGCAUACAAAUCGCGCGCGGAGCGUCGAACACACACCCUCUGCACCACCGGCGUUUUGGGCUCUUGGAAUGAGGCAGGCGCACUGUAUCCCGCUGCAUAGCCUGCUGCAUGGUCUCGCUAUAUUAUACCGCCUUAUCUUCUCCGCACAGUGCGUUUCUGCUUUAGAGCAUGCGACUUUCACUUCACACAUGCUGCUGUUUCCAUGCACGCAUGCUACUUUAACACAUGCGAACUUUUACACAUGUAAUUGUACUGUAACUGCUGUUUUUCGUCUCGGU